GGACUCAAAUAGGCUAUCACUUUGUGAAUGGCGGAGUAUAUGUCCCAAUGAUUUAUGACCAUAUGACUCCAAUCUCGGUUCAAGAAGAGUUCACAAGCUUUAAGCUUCCUUCCACGCAGAGGCUCCUUCGCAGCCCUCAUCCAGGGCCCUUUUCCCCCCCGCUUUACAACUGGGGAGUUCUGGCUGGGGUGAAGCUCGGUUGUGGGGGAGGGAAGAGGGAAAUUUUAGGAAUGUGUCUCUAUUUUGCAGGCAUAUCCAGCGCCAAGGCAGGGGCUGGGGUCUGAGCUCUUCCUGAGCAGCCGCCCUAUUGUUAAGGGCAUGUUUGGAAUAUUUAUUAUUAAUAAUAAUUGAAAUGAAAAGCGGGGCUCUGCCUGGUUUCGCUGGCGCUGGGAAAUGUACCUUGGGAGGGGGCGGGGGAGGGGAAAGGCGCCGCUCUUCCUCCUCAGCACAGGCAGGUUGUGAAUUUGGGGGUUCCAACAUGGAGGGGAUGGCGUUAACACCAGAAUGCCUCUGCCUCGGACUCCUCUUCCCUUUUGCCUUCGACCGCCGGAUUUUGCCUCCUGAGCAUCCUCCUCCCCGCAGCCCUCUCGCACCUUCCCUUCGAUUUUUCUUCUUUUUCUCCUCUUUUCUCGUCUUUUGAUUUGGUUUGGUUUGUUUUGUUUUUUUUUUAAUGCCUCCAAACCCUCGCACUCCGAACUUGCCGGCAAAGAGUUUGCGUUAAACGCUACCGCUCGCAAAAGUGAAACUUGGAGCGUGAGGAAAAGCGGCAGCGCGGAUCCCACCCGGCUUUAACCGCACCAGGAGAUAAUCGAAUAUUUAUUAUUCUGCCUGAGAUGUGCUUUUUUUUUUAAAAGCAAUUCCUUGGAGUAAAUAAUUAGGAUCGCGCCGUCCCCGGCGAAGAUAAAUGAGCGGCAUUUGCGAGGCGCUGAGAGAUGAGGUCAGCUUCCAAUAGACAGCUGGAAACGGCCUGUCACGUGGCCUUGGGGUGCCAAUGUUCUGCCAUAGGGGUGUCAAGACCCUGGUAGCUGGAAAAAUCAUUUUGGGGAGUCCCAGAGAUGCAGAAGACAACGUACUACGACAGCUCCACGCUCUUUGGGGGUUACUCCUAUGGGAGUGCCAAUGGCUUCGGCUACGAGGGUGCCCAGCAGUCCUUCCAGCCGGCCUCUCACAUGGAGAGCGACUACCAGAGGUCCGCCUGCUCCCUCCAGUCUCUUGGCAACACAACCCCGCAUGCAAAAAGUAAAGACCUGAAUGGAAGCUGCAUGCGUCCAAGUUUGCCCCAGGAGCACCACCCGCCUCCCCCCAUCUCGCCGCCCCCAAACCCUGCCACCAACAGCACCAGUAACAGCAGCAAUAACCAGUCUGGGAGCAGUAAAAGUGCCCCCAGCAAAGCCAACCUCAGUGCAAACGCCAGUCUCACCAAGCAGAUUUUCCCCUGGAUGAAAGAAUCCAGGCAAAACUCCAAACAGAAAACCAGCUCCCCUAGCACAGCAGAAACCUGCAGCGGCGAGAAAAGCCCUCCAGGCUCCUCGGCCUCCAAGAGAGCCCGCACAGCCUACACCAGUGCUCAGCUGGUGGAGCUGGAGAAGGAAUUCCACUUCAACCGCUACCUGUGCCGGCCCCGCCGCGUGGAGAUGGCCAACCUGCUGAACCUCAGCGAGAGGCAGAUCAAGAUCUGGUUCCAGAACAGAAGGAUGAAGUAUAAGAAAGAUCAGAAGUCAAAAGGCAUGGGGUCUUCUUCUGGAGGGCCUUCCCCCACCGGCAGCCCGCCCCAGCCCAUGCAGUCCUCUGCUGGAUUUAUGAAUGCCUUGCACACCAUGAGCAGUAACUAUGAUGCCCCCUCGCCACCUUCCUUCAAUAAACCCCACCAAAAUGCCUAUGCCAUGUCAACUAACUACCAAAACCCCAUCAAAGGCUGCCCCUCCCAACAGAAAUACGCCAACACGGCCCCCGAGUACGACCCCCAUGUCUUACAAGGGAACGGGGUGGCCUACGGGACACCCAAUAUGCAGGGAAGCCCCGUCUAUGUUGGAGGUAACUAUGUGGAUUCUAUGCCCACCUCUGGCCCAUCCCUUUAUGGCCUCAAUCACCUGCCACAUCACCAGGCCACCAACAUGGACUACAAUGGGCCUCCCCAGAUGCCCCCGAGCCAGCACCACGGACCAUGUGAGACCCACCCCACCUACACAGACCUUUCCACGCACCACGCUUCUUCUCAGGGCAGAAUCCAAGAGGCGCCCAAGUUGACCCACCUGUGAUAGGGAGCAGGGGCAGGCUCAGGCAAAGUGGAUGGGACCCCACCAUGGGGCAUGGGAGAGGGGAAGAGGGCGGAAUCGGCUUCAGGAACAUUUGUGUUGAGCUAUUUUCUUUCUUUCUUUGACAGGGCAACUUCUACUAGCUUGUUGUGCUUGUUAUUAUUAUCGCUGGGUUUAUUAGGCACAAUUUCCAAGCAUUUCAGUAGCUCUCUCUCUGAAGAGAUAUACCUCCUGUGUUUCAGCACAAAUGCUUCUGAAGUGGAUGUAGGGUAGUUUUAUGGGAAUCUAGCCAAUUUCAAGCAGCAACGUCCUUCAUUUCCAAUCCAAGCAUAGAUCGUCAUUGAUAAUUUUUGGACAUUGGAAAGGAGAAUGGUCAGGAGUCAGGUCUUUACCGUUGAUGUCUCUGCAUCUGCAUCAACAUGCACAAGUGUAUAGAUAUGCAAUCAAGAGAGAUUCACAAGAAAACUACCCUCUUCUUGACUCCUCAAGAGGAACCUCGUGCUUUUCCUUCCCAGCCCGAUGAGGAAGGGCACCGAUUAACUUCCCACCAGUCACCACAUAAACUGCAAAUAUACAAACCUGCCAACGCCUGGGAUUCAUGCUCUUCCCCUCCAGCCCCUGCCUCCCCUCUCAAUAAUAACAAUAAUCAGCAUCAAAUUAGAAUAAGGGAGGUCUAAGUAUUGCAAAAGGUUCAGGAAACAAGGGUUUUGAAAUGCCUCAACCCCCCAACAAUAACAGCAGUCCAAAGAGAGGAAGACAGAGUUGACAGGUCUGAAUAUUUUCCCACCUUUGCCUCUAGAUGACAUGAAGUCUCUGUUCAACAGUGUUGGGUUUGUUUUUGUUUGGGGGUAUUUUUCUUAGGGUUCCUAAACAGAAAAGCAAUCUUAAGACUCAGAAGUCCUACACUUCUUUCCUCCUCUUCUCUUGACCUUACGUGAAAACAGGGUAUAUUUGAACAAAUGGAAUGUCCUCCCAUCGAAGCAGAAGUGAAUGGAUCUCUAGUAUUUGCUAAUGCUUUCUUGUCUGGACAUCUUUGUUGCACUUAGAGUUUACAUAUAAUGGGUAUAAAAACAACUUUGAAGGGCUUUCGUCCAACUCAGUCGAGAUGCCCUUCAAUAGGUGUGUGUUCUGGUGAACAUUCAUAUAUAUUUAUUGGUUAUAGCCAGUUUAAAAUAUUUUCCUUUUUUUUGGUAUUAUUUAUCCCCAAUAUUAUGUAUUUAUAUGAGGAAAAAAAAAAACAAAAAACAAACAAAAAAAAGAAGGAAUCAAAUUGUACUUUUUUAGUAUUUACCUGUUCUAAAGGACAUUGUGUUUCCUUGUCAUUGUACAACAAGCUUAUUUUAGUUAUUGUAAUUUAGGAAGACCAGUAGUUUUAUGUUACCUUCGUACUUAUGAAUAAUGUAAUUAGUUCUACUGGAGGCAUGAGAGCAGAACCAGCCUGUAAUUGUAUAGUCCUGAAUUAGAACUAUAGCUAAUCCCUCCCUCCCACCUCACCCCGCCUCUUCCGAGCUCUUUCUUUGUUCUUACAGUAGUUAUUUUGUUUCCUUGCUAAGGGUUGUCUGUUGAACAAUUCUUGAAUAAACUUUCUGUUAUCAAUUUUA